AUGCGGAUACGGACGGACGGACGGGGGGGACAGUCGAAACGAAACGACCGAAACGAAACGGCCGAAACCAUCGAAACCACCGAAACGACCGAAACGAAACAACCGAAACGAAACAACCGAAACGAAACGAACGAAACGAAACCGCCGAAACGAAACGGCCGAAAAUGUAAAUUACAGGAAAAUCGAAAAAUGCGGAUACGGACGGACGGACGGGGGGGACAGGCGGAUGGACGGGGAAAACAGGCGGAUGGACGGGGGAAGAGGCGGAUGGACGGGGGAAGAGGCGGAUGGACGGGGCGACAGAUGGAUGGACGGGGAGGACAACGGCCGAAAAUGUAA